AUGACGGCCUCAGAAGUCGACGAUGGCCAUUCUCGUUCGGCCUCUCCCGAAGACAGCGGAGCCGAACACAUCCUUGAUAACAUGGCCGAAAGAGAGCCCAAGGACGAUAAACAAAAGCAACGGAAUGGAACCCAGCCCACCAAUCCCAAGGACCCUUCCCGACCCAGAAGGAAGAAAGCACGCCGAGCAUGUUACGCCUGCCAGCGUGCUCAUUUAACUUGUGGUGACGAGAGACCUUGUCAAAGAUGCAUCAAACGUGGCCUGCAGGAUGCUUGUCAGGAUGGAGUUAGAAAGAAGGCCAAAUAUCUCCACGAUGCGCCCAACGAGGCUCUCAUGCCUGGAGUGGGUGGAAAUCAUUUUCAUAAUCCCACCUCAAAGCGGAGCUCGACCAUGACCAGUGAUACCUCCUCCCAACAACCUUUCUUUCAACAGGCGCAACCCUUCCAUAAUUUUCCAAAUCCCGCCCCAAUGCCCCCUCCCAUUCUCCAUGAACGGAGCAUGAGCUCGACCAGCUUCACACAACAGUCACCGCUGAGUACCAAUUUUACCAAUGCCGGAUCGCAGGUCCCGCUCCAGAGUCCAGUCAUCGGAACCGACCAGUCUGCUGCAAAUAACAUGAACGCUCCGGCUUGGCCUGGGGCAGUGUUUGAUGAUCCGGCAAUGUUCAAUUUUGACAUUGCCAGCAUGAACUUUGGAAACCAUUACGGUGCACUGGAGUUUGGAAUGCUUGGACACAUGGCGACAAAUGCCGGCGAAACUCCUCCCAGUAGUGACACCACCACACAAAGAGGAUCUAUGUCACAGCAGUAUCGAAUGCCUCUCGGACUUCAAGGGGAAAGUCCGACAGCACGCCAACAGUUCUAUGGUGAUGCGAUAAUGUCUGACUGGUCUAACGGUGGCGAUCCUUAUGGGACACAUGGACAGGGUCGACAUAUGGCGCCCAAUGCCUUUGCGAUAGAAUCGAGUGCGGCGCAUUGGACUUCACCAGAUACCAACGGCACCCCAACCAAUGCUGCCAAGUUUGAAGAUUCACCGAUGUUGACCAACGCCGCUCUUCAAGUUCCGCCCUCCACCAUGGGCAAUAGUUCGAUCAAUUCAUCAUCAAAUACAGUUGAUAAUCGAUCUCGUCAGCUGCCACCCAUUUCGACCCCACAACUCAAGGCCAAAUCUCAGUUACCGGUAAAAUCAAUCAAACGGCCCAGGGAUCCUUCGUCUAUCUACACCACGGUCACCAGUCCCCAUCCAUACACGGCCGGAUUUCACAAAUUUAUUGCCUAUUUGCAGAAACGAUUUGCAAAUCAUCCAUCCAAAACACUGGCCAUUGCCAAAUCCUUAGCAUCUAUCCGACCUUCCUUUAUUGCGACCACCAAGACGUUGAAUAGACAAGAUCUCGUGUUCAUGGAACAAUGCUUUCAGAGGACUCUAUGGGAAUAUGAAGGAUUUAUCGAGGGUGUCGGCACCCCCACAAUUGUGGCCAGGAGAACGGGUGAGGUCGCCGCGGUCGGAAAAGAAUUCCAAAUCCUGACCGGGUGGACCAAGAGUGUUCUUCUGGGAAAGUCCCCCAAUCUCAAUGUGAAUCGAGGACAAUCUGGUCAAACUCCUGCCGCCGGAUCUGGUACCAACACGGCCAGAGCAACAGGUUUCAAUACCCCAACUCAACGGGGGCCAUCAGAAACCGAAAAUGGCGAAAAAACAAUGCAACCCGUCUUCCUGGCCGAAUUACUGGACGAUGAUUCGGUAAUCCAGUUUUAUGAAGAUUUUGCCCGACUCGCAUUUGGAGACAGUCGUGGCAGUGUCUCGGGAAAGGGAAAACUCCUCAAAUAUCGAACGAAAGAUGACGAGAUUGCACAGAACCUCAACGCCGAAGCCGAAGCACGAAAUGAAGAACCCAGACAGAACAAUACCGUGGAACCUCAACGCCAAAACGGUACGGUCGCUCGAAUGAAGAGGGAUGGCAUUUCGGGCGAAAAAGGGAUGCAGAAAUUAGGAUCUGCGGAUGGCAAAGUGGAUUGCACAUAUUGUUGGACGGUCAAACGGGAUGUUUUUGAUAUACCCAUGCUCAUUGUGAUGAACUUUUUGCCUUGUAUAUAG